GGGAAGAAGGAGGGACAAGAUGGCGCUGGCGGCGAGGCUGCUGCGCAUGCGCCUGCCGCUGGCCGGCGGCCGGUCCUUUUCCCGGCCUCGCAGGCCCGUCCCGCCCCCGGCGCGGAGCGGGGGAGGAGGAGGAGGAGGAGAAGAAGGAAGAGGAGGAGGAGAAGGAAGAGGAGAAGGAGAAGGAAGAGGAGGGGGAGGCCGUGUGGUGGCUCUGGGGGUGCGGAGCCCCCUGCUGUGGCUGCGCACCCGCCUCCGCGCCGCCCUCGUCCGCGCCUCCUGCGACCCGGAUUUCUCCAUCGCCCGCUUCUCCGCCGCCGCCACGCAGGCUUUUGCUCACGUGUCCAAGCUGCUAUCCCAGUGUAAAUUUGAUUUGUUGGAAGAGCUUGUGAACAAGGAGGUCCUGCAAGUGGUGAAGGACAAGGUGUCCGCCCUGCCCGACCUCCAGAAGACGGCACUGGCCGCCGAGCCCGACCAAAUAGUCUACUCCACCGCCGGCGACAUCUCCAUCACCUACGACGACCAGGGCAGGAAGUUUGUGAACAUCCUGAUGUGCUUCUGGUAUCUAACCAGCGCCGACCUGCCCGACGAGGUGCCCAGCGGAGCCAAGGUCUUCCGGAUCAAGCUGGGGGACGACACCACCAAAUUCAAACAGCUGCUCAGCGCUAACUACGAGUUUCAGAGGGAGUUUACCCAAGGAGUGGAGCCAGACUGGAUCAUUUCGAGGAUCGAACACUCAAAGUUGUUGGAAUGAUCGCCUUCGCCCCCGGGACUGGACGGCCGGGCGGACACACCGACGUUCAGCUCCUGAGGCCGGCGAGACACCGGGACCCUUUGGAAUCACCUGCUCUCCCCGUUACCCCCAUCACCGAGCCUGUGGGAUUGAUUUUUCGAUGACCUGGCUUCGGAGUAGACCAAUCUGACAGAAUAAAGCAUCGUCCCCCAUCACCUCCCC